CACGAAUAAACCACACCGUUGUGGCUAUUUUUUUCCGACUGCCUGGUUAACCCUAACUUUAGUUACCUAUCCUCCCGGCCGUGCAGUUACGGCGCCAGCUGGCUGUAGUUUGACCCAGGGUCUCAUACAGGUGGUCAUUGUAGGUGGCCAUAGCAUAUCCUGAGGUCCUGGUCAUUAUAUGUGGCCCCGAUGCAUCUGGGGAUGUUAACAGAGAGCAGUAAAGCCUUCUUGUGGCUCCUGACUUCAGCGCUCACAGUCCAAGUCAUCAACACCUGUGACACAACAAUCAGCAUGCAGCGGCUUGAGCGUUACAUUGGAGUGGGCCAAAAUUUCACACUGACGUGUAACGCCCAGUGCCUCGACCCGUCCUCGAUUAUCCAGUGGUACCUUAACGACAAGCUCUUGUCAAACGACAGCAAUGUAAAGCUGUUAAGAGACAAUUCAAACACCUAUCGCCUGAAUGUGACUGCGGCACAGAUGAGGCACAACGGGACCUACUACUGCCAGACACGUCCCGCAGCCGCUACCAGCAACAACGUCUUUAUGAGGGUGGUCGAUUUGGACCUCAAUGUGUCCAUCACAUCACUGGAUAUAGGCGAAGGGGAGUCUGUCAGCGUGCACUGCGUCGCCCGAUCCGCACUCAACGCCACCCUCUUCUGGACCCGCGGCAGUUGCGAGCGCAGCGACACCCGGGGCGGAAACGGGACGCUGCACCUGGCGGGGGCCACCAUCUCUGACAGCGGCCAUUACAUCUGCUGCGCUACAAUACCCACCGGCAUCCCCCUCUGGAGAAGUGAGAGCGUUCAAAUCAGAGUUACUGCAUCCGGUCAGAGGAACCCCAUCGUUUCAAACUGCCCCCUGAUCCACUACUUGUUGGGCAAAACUGCAGUCGUUCUCUUGUUUAUUAUGUUAAUUUGUUUUCUGACAUACAGAAGACACUGACUGUGAAAAUGAAAGGCGUUGCUGCAUCCUCAGUUAAUGCGCAGGCACGCUAGCGGCCACACACAAAUGUACGUGUACAGCUUUUUUGUUAUUAAUUGCAAACGCAUGUCAAAUUACGAACCCACUCUAUAUGCAGUAACAACUGAGGCCUUAAUUAUCUAUUACUGAGCCUGAAUGUCUUGACAUUUCAAAUAUUUUUAAAUGGUAUAAUCACAGCCUGUCUGGUGUAAAAAAACGAUAGGUGUGACGUAUGUGUUUACUCAUUAAAUUCAACAAUGCGCUGCGUAAAAAUA